CUUCUGCGCUGCACUUCGACGCAGACGGACGAUGUUCAGAUCCGCCGCCGGCAGGAGAGUCGACCGAGUGUUCCGUCGUGCAGCGGCGGACCAGCGCGCCAGACGUUUGUUCGAACAGCUUGUUGACGUUACUUUGUAAGAAUGCGCCGGUAACACAGUAGCAGUCCGGGGCUUUCAAACAAACAAACAAGCAAACAAACGGACAGCGAGACCGAUUAACCGAAGUUAGCUCGACGGCGAACUCUCGUUAGCUUGAAAACGCGAGGUUGUUGUUUUUGUUCGCGUCGGCGAACUAACUAACCGAACCGGUUAACCGACCACAACGGGUUAGCAUCAGAAACACGCGUUUGUGGACGUCAACUUUUACCUACGUCAAAGGAGCUGAAUGGCCUCCGUUGUAGCGGUGAAAACUGAGAAGCGACCUGCGGCCGAUCCUCAGGAUGCAGACUCGAACGCCAAAAAGCCCAGAAAACUGCUGCCCAGCCUGAAGACCAAGCGAGCCCCCGAGCUGGUCCUUGUGAUCGGCACAGGGGUGAGCUCCGCAGUGGCCCCCCAGGUCCCCGCGCUCCGCUCCUGGAAGGGCCUCAUCCAGGCGCUGCUCGACGCGGCCAACGACUUUGACCUGCUGGAGGAGGAGGAAAGUCGGCGGUUCCAGAAACACAUGCAGGAAGAUAAGAACUUGGUGCAUGUGGCCCACGACCUCAUUCAGAAACUUUCCCCGAGAACGGGCAAUGUGCGGUCCACGUUCUUCAAGGACUGUCUGUACGAGGUGUUCGACGACCUGGAGUGCAAGAUGGAGCACGCGGGGAAGCACCUGCUGCGCUCGGUGCUGCAGCUGAUGGAGAGCGGCGCGCUGGUGCUCACGACCAACUUCGACAACCUGCUGGAGAUCUACGCCGCCCACCAGGGCACCAAGCUGGAGUCUCUGGACCUGACGGACGAGAAGAAGGUGUUGGAGUGGGCUCAGGAGAAACGGAGGUUAAGUGUCCUGCACAUCCACGGUGUUUACACCAACCCCAGUGGGAUCGUACUGCACCCUGCUGGCUACCAGAAUGUACUGAGGAACACCGAGGUCAUGCGCGAGAUCCAGAAGCUGUACGAGACCAAGUCGUUCGUGUUCCUCGGCUGUGGGCGCACGGUCGACGACACCACCUUCCAGGCGCUGUUCCUGGAGGCGGUCAAGCACAAGUCGGACCUGGAGCACUUCAUGCUGGUGCGGCGCGAGGACGUCGGCGAGUUCAAGAAGCUGCGCGACAACAUGCUGGACAAGGGCAUCAAGGUCAUCUCCUAUGGAGACGAGUACGCCGACCUGCCCGAGUACUUCGAGAGGCUGGCCAACGAGAUCUGCAACCGCGACGUGGCCACCAACGGCUGGGGGUCUCCCUCUCUAAACGGGGAAGAGCAGCAGAAUGGCUUCAACACACAGAAAAGUCUCCUUCAAGACAAUCGCUCCUGACAGGCACGCAGGUCGUUCUCCUCCACGCCUCUGGGCGAGAGAUCAGUGUAUCUCUCGUGUGUAGCACUCGAUUCUGAUUUCAUUUGGUGGAGUUAGGAAUCCAGGAGCACUGUGGGGCCGUAGGAGACCUAAAAGGCAAUUCUUUUUGCAGAUGUCCAUUUUUUUUCUUCCUUUUUCAGUAGUUUUUAUUUAAAAAGGGAGAGGACAAACAUUAAAUUGUACUAAAAGGAGACAUAUUAAGCUUUUUCAAUUUUGCCCCUUUUCCUAUAGUUUGUUAUAGAUUUUUAUGAAUGCAGAAGUUCUGCAAAGUUGAAAAGCCUUAAGUAGAGCGAGCAAAACUCUGCUCCUGAAACGUCUCGUCAGUAGUCCGGCCGAUCACGAUGUUACAGUAGUGCAUGAGGUACGUACGCCUAGCGGCAAAGGUGGUAACACGAGUGAUCUGUCGAAACACUUAGUGAAAGUUAAACCAUGCUCAGGCGGUCUUAAUUAAACUGUGCAAACAAAGGGUUAUUGGCAUAUAAUAACCAUUUGUCAUAUACAUCUAUACAUGUGUAUAUAUAGACGUAUAUAGGCAUAUAUUUGUACGCAUGUAUAUAGUUAUGUAUAUACGUAUGCGUGUAUAUAUACGUAUGAGAGUAUACGCGUGUAUAUACGUAUGCGUGUAUGUGUAUGCGUGUAUAUAGUUAUGUAUAUACGUACGUGUGUAUACCUUUGUAUAUACUUGCGCAUGUAUAUGUAUGUAUAUACGUGUAUGUCUAACUGUAACAACCCAAAUUAAAAUUAUGAACCUGAAUACCAGCAUUAUAUGUCUCCUUUUAAAUAUUGCUGAAACCCCAACAUUUGGGUAUCACAGAGAAAACCUUUAAGUUGAUGCUGGUUGGUUUUGGACACCGUAAACAGACUUCCUCACCUUGACCUGACUGUCCAGUGAUUACAGCUGUAACGCACAUCCCCACGCUCUUACAUUAAGAAAAAGAAAAAAAUAAAGUCUUGAUGGAAUGUGAGAUAAGAUUGUAUCUGUCAUGCUCAACCCUGAAACCAGGAACACUUGAUUUGCACAUUACUGGAUGGGGGAAUGGGAAUGGUGGGAAAAAAAAGAAGAAAACCAUUGUCACAGACAGUUACUUGUUGAUCUUAUGAUUCUGUCCUUGAGAAUGUAAGUUCAGGAGAAGAUGUUUUCACAGCAGAGAGCGACUCUGCCAGUAGCAUUCACUUUGCCACUCCUGUGCUUCAAAUAAAAAUGUUCUUUAUAAGCCUUUUUUUCUUUUUUUUGUAUUUUUUAAUACUUGCAUGUGUUUUUCUGACAUAGUAUUUAUAUGUGCUAUUUUCAAAAUAAAGCUUUUGGUAUCCCA